AUGUAAUUAAAAUAGGGGUUCUUGAUCUAGAAAAACAGAUUUUUAAACAACAUCCAUAUAAUUUGGUUGCUGAAAAAUUUUGGCAAAAUUUGAACAAUUUGGUAACAUCAUCAGAUAUUGACAUUCAAAUAAUGAAUCGGUUAAAUGAACUCCGCGAAAUAUCAAACAUUGAAAAAGCCAAUAAUUAUAUAAAGAAAUGGCAACAAU